AUGAAUAUAAAUUGUCAGUAGUAAGAAGAAAGUUCUUUCGAAAUAGAUUAUAGAUUUUAGAAUGAUUUGAUUUCAUUUGAAAAUCUCAUAUCGAAUUUCAACUAAAGUAAGCAAACUAAAGACAACAUUGAAGUAGAUUUUGAUAGCUUGCAAGAGCAGACUAAUUAGCUUAUGCUACUUCUACAAAAAUCAGCUAAUAACAAUAAAUCAAUUCAAAAUAAAUAAAAUGAUGAGUUAACUAAUUUUGUAAUAGAUAUUUAGAUGGUUUUUAAUUCAAUUCCUAUUAAAUUAUUUAUUGGGCAAGUUCCUAAGGAUUGGUAGGAAAGUGAUCUUAAGAUUUUUUUUGAAAAACAUACCAGUAUCACAUAAAUUGAAGUAAUAAGAGACUAAAAAUUUAGACAUUAGGGAUGCGCUUUUGCUACUUUUUCCUCAAUGUCUGAAGCAGAAAAAGUUAUUGAAUUCUACAAAAAUAAACAUUUUCCAAACAGUAAGUAGGAAAUUAUUAUGAAGUGGGCUUCUGGAGAAGAAGAAAGACUCGGAGUCAGCGAGAAUUCAAGUCAUAAGCUAAUUAUAAAAAAUCUUCCUGCUUUAAUAUCAGAUGCAAGUAUUUCUAAUAUAUUUGAUAAUUUUGGUAGAAUCUAAUAAUUAAAAGUCAUACGAGAUAAAAAAACAAGUGAAUGCAAAGGUCAUGCGUUUAUUAAAUAUUAUGAGAAAGAGAGUGCCCAUUUAGCUGUCUAGAACUUGAACAAAUAAAAUAUUUACCUAAUUUAAAAUAAAAAAUUGAAAGUUUCUUUUAUAGAAAAGAGUUAUUAAAAAAAGCAAAAGUAAAUUCUAAAAUAUAUGAAACAAAAUACAAAUCAAAUAACAUAAAAUGGCCCUCUGCCUUCUACAAUACCUUUUGAGAAGUAUUAUUAUGAAUAUUUUAAUUAAGGGGAAUCUAAUCCUAUAUUUUACCAUCCAUUUACAGAUACUUCUUCUACUGAAACUCCUCCUUACUCCUCAUUAAUCUGGCACGAAGAUGGUUCUUGCACAAUUACACCUAAACUUUUUCCCUGCCAUAUAGAUUUUACAAUGUAAAAUAAAAGAAAAGAUGGUAUUAAAAAAUAUACAAAUCAAAAAUAUGUUGUUUAAGGUCCUUCACACUCUAAUAUUUUUGUCUUUCAUCUACCUAAAUAAUAUAAUGAAAAAAACUUAUUUGAGCUAUUUUCAGGUUAUGGAAAUAUCAUUUCAAUAACUAUUUGUAGAAAAUAAAAUGGUGAAAGCCGAGGUUAUGGAUUUGUUAGUUUUAACUAGCCUUAUGAGGCAGCUCAUGCAAUAAAAGAAUUAAAUGGUUUAAAUUUGAUGGGAAAAAGAAUAAAAGUAGAACUAAAAUAAACCCAUAUUGAAAAAGUAAAUAGCAAUCAAAAAACACUAAACUAUGAAUGA